AUGUCGGGUGCGGGCACUAACGAUGAUGAUCUGGUUCAUGUAUCCUAUUUGGGGGGAUACAUCUUCCUCUCAUAUGUGAUCAGUUCUAUGGGAUGUGCGACCACGCUGGAGCUUCUCCAUCGAAGAACGUCCAGAUCGGGCUUUUACAACUGGUACCUGCUCCUCACUUCUUCCAUAACAAUGGGCGGUAUAGGCAUUUGGUGCAUGCAUUUCAUCGGCAACCGCGCCAUCGUCCUCGGCAAUGGAGAAAGUGACGUUCAAAUCAUGUACAAUGUUGCAUUUACUGGAACAUCGUUUGUACUACCUGUUGUCGUACUCCUCGCUGCAUUCUAUUCUGUCGGCGUUCAGGAAAAGGCGGGCUAUCUACGUAUCUUGAUAGGAGGUUUGCUUACUGGUAGUUCCGUCUGUGGAAUGCACUAUGUUGGUCAGCUGGGAAUCUCCAACUACCAAAGCUCAUAUCAUGUCGCCAACGUUGUCGGAUCGGCUAUCAUCGCAGUUUUCUCAAGUACCGCGGCGCUCGGCAUCUUCUUUCGGUGGAGAGCCACUUGGACUGAUAGUUGGUGGAGACGCGGGAUCUGUGCCUUUUUGCUUGCCGCGGCUGUCUCUGGUAUGCAUUGGAUGGCAGCUGUCGGAACAACUUAUCGUGGGCGGGACGAGUCUAUGAAGAAUGGGUCGCAAUUAUCCAGAACCCAGGUUGUCAUCGUCUGCUCUGUUCUGGCUUGCGUCUCUUGUGUGAUCUUGUCUGCUUGCGCUGUUGUCUCUGGUGAGAAUCGCCGACGAUCUACCACUCGCGCCCACCAGCUUGUCCUUGCCUGCGCAUACUUUGACCCGGCUGGCCGAAUCAUGGUAACCCCACAGGCUCUACUCCCAACCAAAAAGAUUGUUGAUCACUAUAUUGGACGGACCUUCCAAGACGAUGAUCUAACACGCACACAUCCGACCUUCCUGUGGGCUUUCAGAGCUAGCCGGAACUGGCCUGUGGUCAAGGACAUGAUUCCCUUCAUGCGAAAUCGUCUCGAAUCCGAACAGGCGGCCAUCCAGAAACAUGUAUUGUCGCGAGGAGUGGUUAAUGACAAGGAGACUGAGCUGCAAACAGAUUUCGAUACCUUGUUCAAACAACUUUUCUGCGUAUCAGCACAGGAGUUGUCGGAUGAUUUACGACUUCCUCUUCACGAGCUAGGAACACUAUACGAUGACGUCCUGGCGACUGCGAUCCCUGUUUCUCGACUCUCUCGGGCGAUGGGUCGCUCAUCACUCCGAACUGGCAAGGGUCAACUUAUGUUCAGUGUCCGACAGCUCCAAAAAUACGAAGCAAGUCGCAUGGCUUCGUUCGGAUUUCGAUUCGCCAGUAUUGAAAACAUCACCGCAACCCUCUCACGCCGCAUCCAUGUCCCCGAGGCGAAUCUCAGGGAUCAUCUCUUCGAUAUGCGCGACUAUGCCACUACAAACCGUGGCUUCUCGGAAGGUGUACACUUGACUGCCUUCGUGAUGCGUCCCACCGUCAGCGACCAUUUCGAGAUUCUCACCACCAAGGGCACCGGCAACCCGCUUCCAUCCUCGACUCUGCCAAUGCCCCGUCUCCACGUCUCACACCUUGACCUGAUCUCCCACAUGGAGGGCUGGUCAAUGAACACCUGCUUGAAAUACCUCAGAUCCGACCCCGCCAUGCAAGCGGAUCGCAACCUCGACGAGUUCCGCCAACACCUCAUCGAAGGCAUAGCCUCCCUCUCCAAAUCUUUCUCUGAAGAAAUGCGCGCAGCAGCCACCUUCUCCGCACGGCCCCUGCUCGCCCCAUGCCGCAAAACACCAUCCCCUCCCUCCGAAGAGGUCCCUCAAUCCGCACAGCAGUGCACCCUCCUCACAUUCUGCGUCGUCGGCACACUCAACACCCAAGUCCCCAACCCAGACUUUACAUUCACCCCCUUCCGCCUGUUCCGCGUGCAGCAACAAGUAAAUGACAACGUUGCUGACCGGGACGGCUUCUCUCGCGAGCUGAGCCAAGAGCUCUUCUGCACAGACGUCCGCUCCGGUUCCACGUCCUCGGAGUCAGGCAAGUUUUCCUCCACUCGCUCUGCAAUUAUCCGUCUCUGGCACUCGCGAAAACACAGUUUCGGCGGUGCAGCACACUCGGGCCAUUCGCAAGAAUCUCUAUUCGAAGCUGGGGUUCCCGCGACUGCCUUGGGCGAUAUUACGGUGCAGAAGGAGGUGCGCGUGGAUAUUACGCGGUUGAAUGAGAAUGCGGCAAAGAAUCCUAUUAUUGCGCACGAUGCUAUUGUUGCGGCUGGUGAUAAUGCGUUGACGCCUAUUACCUAUGUUGAUGAAUUGUAUAGUCUUUGCUAUGCGCCCGGAAUCCGCCUACGGGGGGACUCGGCAUUCCAUACGUCGCCGAAAUCUGAUAUGUGA